CACCCAAAACCUGUCCACUGCCUCCAGCUGCAACGAUGCUGACUGCAGAGGAACAGAGCCUGAUCCAGAAGGUGUGGGAAAAGACUGCCAGCCACAGGGAUGAAAUAGGAGGCGAGAGUCUAUAUAGGCUGUUCACCUCCUACCCCUCGACCAAGACCUACUUCCCCCACUUCGACCUGAGCUGUGGUUCUGAGCAGAUCCGCAGCCACGGCAAGAAAGUGGUGGCCGCCUUGAGCACUGCUGUCAAGAGCCUGGACAACCUCAGCCAGGCACUGUCUGAGCUCAGCAGCCUGCACGCCUACAACCUGCGCGUCGACCCCGUCAACUUCAAGCUGCUGUCGCAGUGCAUCCAGGUGGUGCUGGCCCUGCACCUGGGCAAGGAAUACACCCCCGAGGUGCACGCCGCCUUCGACAAGUUCCUGUCGGCCGUGGCUGCCGUGCUGUCCGAGAAGUACAGAUGAGCUGCUUGCCUGUGCCAGGGUACCUUCAAUAAAGACACCUUUGCCAC